AUGUUGCUUCCAAACAUUCUUGCGGUCGUGGCUGUUGCUUCGACUUUGGUUGCUGGAGUCCCUGUUCAGUUAGGCGAACACCUUAUUGCCAGAGCACCACCACCACGUGCACCUACCUGGGUCGAUAGACUCAUCGCAGCAAUAACACCCGCCAAUAAUCCCGCAGUACUUGUUCAGCACAACGGAAGAGUACAAAAGCUCCCACAGCCCGCCAAACUGCCUGAGAGCCCUAAGAAACCGCAAUUGAUGCCACUUCCUCAAAUCAUCCGUGGCCCCUUCAAGAAGAGAGAGCCAGUCGUCAUCCCUGCUGGCAUCAACCAUGACGAGUAA